GUUCGAAGCCGCCACCUUCAACGACCCAAGACCAUCUUCCCUUCCCUGUGUCGGGUUUCCCUGCACACGAGAGAGAUCAUCCACAGCUCGGGAUCCGAACCCUCGACUUUGUACCAAUCCGGAAGUCUUGAAACCCAGAGCACCGGAAUCGAGCGUGGUCCCCGCGCCGCAGCAAAUUCAUCCGCGUUCACAUCAAAAGUUCACUGCAUGUCUUCAUAGCCCGCCAUCGUUCUCAGCACCUCCCACUCAUUCUCCCCUCUUCUCUCACCUCGCGACGUGUCGAACGUCGCAAGAAGUAGCACGUCGAGCUCCGUAGACCAGGAUCCGCAACCAUGGACACGUACGAACGCCUCCAGGCCCACGACCCCGACGAGGGCAACCCCAAAGCCCUCUUCCAGUCCUUCAUGAUGAUCAUCUUCUCAGAGAUCGGCGACAAGACGUUCCUCAUCGCUGCCAUCCUCGCCAUGCGACACCCGCGAAUGACGGUCUUCCUGGGCGCCUUCGGCUCGCUCUUCGUCAUGUCCCUCCUCUCCGCGGCGCUCGGGCAUAUCCUCCCCACCCUCCUCCCGAAGCACUACACCCAGUUCGCCGCCGCAAUCCUCUUCUUCGUCUUCGGCGCGAAGAUGCUCAUGGAGGCGAAGAACAUGAAGGGCGGCAACGACAAGAUCCGCGAGGAGAUGCGCGAGGCGGAGGAGGAGAUUGAGGAGGACACGGCCGAGUACGACGGCACGGGCGCGAAGGACCCGCGCGGGCAUGUCAUCCCGCUCGAGGAGAUGGAGGCCGGGCACGCAGCGGAGUCGCCAGCAACCCCCACGCACGCGCGCUCGAAGGCGAAGACGAGCGUCGCUGAGGGCCUGCGCAACUUCUUCUCCCUCUUCUGUGGCCCUGUCUUCGUGCAGGCCUUCAUCCUCACCUUCCUCGGCGAGUGGGGCGACCGCAGCCAGAUCGCCACCGUGGCGCUCGGCGCAGCACAUAACGUGUAUGUAGUAACCGCAGGCACCGUACUGGGCCACAGCUGCUGCACGGCCCUCGCGGUCAUCGGAGGGCGCUGGAUCUCGACCAAAAUCUCCGUCAAGCACAUCACGCUUGGCGGUGCGGUGCUCUUCCUUCUCUUCGGGAUUGUAUACUUGCAUGAGGCAUUCGAGAUGUUGCAUGGGGCCUUGUGAUAGCAUGGUCGUGCUUGCUUUGACAUAUACCAUCCGGAGGCGCACCACGGGCGUCCUGCAGCCAUACAUGUAUCAUUAUAAUGCGGCAUAGAUGCAAUGGAUCU